CCAGUGAGCCCCCCGCCUCAUCUUCCCCACAGAUAAGCUCUCCCACUCCACUCUUUCUCCCAACCCGCCAUAGCUCCCGGCCUCCGAAGAUGGAGACCUCCUCCUUCCUCCGCACCACCCUCCCCACCGCGAAGCCCCUCCCGGCGUUCCAGACCCUCGCACCCCGCCCCCGCCCCCGCCCGCUCCGCCGCUCCACCAUCAGCGCGGCCAUCACCCGAGGCCGCAAGGAGGACACGGUGGCCGCCGUCCGCGAGCAGCUGGAGGGCUGCUACCUCCUCGCCGGGAUCCGCUACGAGGGCCUCACGGUGAAGCAGCUGCAGGGCAUCCGCGACACCCUCCCGGAGACCUGCCGGCUGCUGGUGGCGAAGAACACGCUGGUGGGGAAGGCCAUCGAGGGCACGCCGUGGGAGGCGCUCAAGCCGUGCAUGAAGGGGAUGAACGCGUGGCUGUUCGUCCACACCGAGGAGGUCCCCGCCGCGCUCAAGCCCUACCGCGCCUUCCAGAAGGAGGAGCGCCUCGAGGAGACCAACGACUUCGUCGGCGCGGUGUUCGAGGGCAAGUUCUACGCCCCCGGGGACUUCAAGGCGCUCGAGACAAUGCCCAGCCGCGCCGAGGUGUACGCCAAGCUGCUCGGCUCGCUGCAGGGGCCCGCGACCUCCGUCGUCACCACGCUGCAGGCGCCGGCCAGGGACGUCGUCUCCGUGCUCUCGGCGUACGUGCGCAAGCUCGAGCAGGAGGUCGGCGCCGCCUGAUGGCUGUUGAGAGAUGGUUUUGUGGCUUCGUUUCUCUCAUCUCACUCAUUUCUUGUAGAAUUCCUGUACUUUUACUGCCUCACGUUUGAAUUGAAUCACAAAAGUUUUACCUCUUACAACGCAUGCCUACUGGUCUGAUUUCAUAAGAUUACCGAGUUCUGAUGUUAUUAGGAUUACGUUGCGUACUUAGAGGGAAUGCUUGUUCCACAACUAGUGUUUUGAUAAUUUAAUUUUACCUGUAGAGACUACAGAGAUCAAAGUUUAGUAGGUUGAGGGGCAAUGGCAAUGCACAAUUAGAAUGGUCAA